AUGGGACCAAGAGUCAUGGGUUUACAGCUUGUCCCACCAGCAUGUUUCCAUAUUGUGCUGUUAACGCUGUGUAGUGUGUCUGGUGCAGAUGAAACAGGGUCAGUGUCAGUGAUGGAAGGAGAUUCCGUCACUCUACACACUGAUGUUAGUGAAAUAAAGAACGAUGAUACGUUACUGUGGGUGUUUGGACCUAAAGGAUUUGUCAUAUCUCAAAUAACAAGAAAGAACGAUUUGACCUCAUUUUUUGUCACCGAUGAUGUGGGAUUCAGAGGCAGAUUGCAAGUGGAUCAAAAAACUGGCUCUCUCACUAUUAGAAAUACAAGGAUCACACACUCUGGACAAUAUAAACUAACUAUCUCUAGAGAAAAGACUACGACCAAAAUAUUUAGUGUUACUGUCUUUGGUAUUGUUAAUGAGACGGAUGGAAUGAAAUCAUUGUCAGUGAUGGAAGGAGAUUCUGUCACGCUACACACUGAUGCUGAAAUGCACACAGAUGAUCUGAUAGUGUGGAGGUUUGGAGAUAAAGGCAUCCUCCUGGCUAAACUCGAUGUAGAGACUAAAGAGACCUCAUUAAAUGAUGCUGAUGAGAGAUUCAAAGAUCGACUGCAGCUGAAUCAGACCGGAUCUCUGACCAUCACAAACACCAGAACUGAACACGCUGGACUUUAUGAAGUACAGAUCAGAGGCCAUGAGAGCUCACAGCGAUUCUUUCUUUUUGUCACGGCGGUUCCCAUUCUGGGUCUGUCUCCAGGUGCUAUAGCAGGGAUAGCUGUUGCCGUUCUGCUGGCGGUUGCAGUUGUGAUUCACUAUCAAUGCAGAAUCUCUAAACUAAAAACACAAGUGGGUGAAGAUAAGUCAGCGAAGGAAGGAGAAUCUGUCGCUCUACCCACUGGUCUUACUGAAAUACAUAAAGAUGAUAAGAUACAAUGGUGGUACGAAGAUGAAAACAAUCUCAUUGCUGAAAUCCAUGGAGUGACCAAUAAGAGAACGUGUCCUGGUGCUGAUGGGAGAUUCAGGAGCAAACUGAGCCUAGAUGAUUAUGGAGAUCUCACCAUCAAUAACGUCAGAACCAUUCACACUGGACUCUAUAAACUCAAGAUCAGCGGCAGAAGAAGAACCAAAUACAAGCAAUUCAUUCUGACCGUUGGUGGUGUGUUUGAUGCAGAAACAGAUAUAACGAUGUCAGUGAUGGAAGGAGAUUCUGUCACUCUACACACUAAUCUUACUGAAAUACUGAACGAUGAUACGUUACUGUGGGUGUUUGGACCUAAAGGCUUUGUCAUAUCUCAAAUAACGAGAAAAAAAGACCUGACCUCUUUUUUCGUCACCGAUGAUGUGGGAUUCAGAGACAGAUUGCAAGUGGACCAAAUAACCGGCUCUCUCACCAUCAGAAACACCAGAAUCAGACACUCUAGACAAUAUAAACUAUCCUUCUCUAGAGAAAAGACUACGACUAAGACAUUAAAUGUUACUGUAAUUGAUGGGUGGAGUGAAUCAGUACUGGAGGGAGAUUCUGUCACUCUACAAAAUUAUGUUACUGAAAUACAAAGAGAUGAUCUGAUAGUGUGGAGGUUUGGAGAUAAAGGUGUCCUCCUGGCUAAAAUCGAUGUGGAAACUAACGAGACUUCAUUAAAUGAUGCUGAUGAGAGAUUCAAAGACAGACUGCAGCUGGAUCAGACUGGGUCUCUGAUCAUCAAGAACACCAGAACUGAACACACUGGACUUUAUGAACUACAGAUCAGAGGCCGUGAGAGCUCGCAGCAAUUCCUGGUUUCUGUCAGUGCUCUUCCUGAUCUGGGUCUGUCUCCAGGUGUUAUAGUUGGGAUAUCUGCUGCUGUUCUGCUGUUUUUGACUGCAGUUGUAGCUGUUGUUGUGAAUUACUAUCGCAGCAAGAUCUCUGAACUAAAAAAGCAAGUGGCUGUGACAGUUGAAGAAAAGUCAGUGGCAGACGGAGAUUCUGUCACUUUAGAGACUGAUACUGAGCUACAAAAAGAUGAUAAAAUACAGUGGUGCUAUAAAGAAGACAACAAUCUCAUUGCUGAAAUAAGUGGAGCGACCAGUAAAAAAACAUAUGAUGGUUUUGAUGAGAUAUUCAGAAGCAAACUGGUGCUGGAUGAGAAGACUGGAGAUCUCAGCAUCAAUAACAUCAGAAGAAUUCACUCUGGACUCUAUAAACUACAGAUCAGCCGCAAAAACAAAAGAACCGAAUACAAGAAUUUCAUUGUUACUGUCAAAGUGAGGACAGAGCCCGUGAAGUCUGGAGAAUUUGUGACUUUAAAUAUUGACACUGAAAUACAAAGCGAUGAUCUGAUACUGUGGACAUUUGGAGCUAAAAAUUGUCUCGUUGUUAAAGUUGAUUCAGGAACAACUACUAUUAGUGAGAAUUUCAGAGGCAGACUGCAGCUAGAUCAUCAGACUGGAUCUCUGACAAUUAGAAACACCAGAACCACAGACUCUGGAGUUUAUAAACUACAAAUCAUCAACAGUGAACAGACCACAUUCAGGAGAUUUGACGUGACUGUCACUGCUCGUCUGCCUGUUCCCGUCAUCAGCAGAGACUUUUCUGUUCUGACCCUGCACCAGAAUUGUUCACUGCUGUGUUCAGUGGUGAAUGUGAGUCAUGUGACUCUCUCCUGGUACAAAGGAAACAGUUUAUUGUCCAGCAUCAGUGUGUCUGAUCUCAGCAUCAGUCUCUCUCUACCUCUGGAGGUGGAAUAUCAGGAUAAAAACACCUACAGCUGUGUGCUCAACAAUCCCAUCAGAAACCAGACCAAACAUCUGGACAUCAGUCAACUCUGUCAGCCAUGUUCAGUCUGUAUCUGCUGCUGUGGUGUUAUUGGAGUUGUGAUCCGAUUGGCUCUCUCUGCUCUGGUGGGCGUGGCUGUUGUUGCUGUGCUGGUUUAUGACAUCAGAUCCAGAAGCCUUCAAAAGAAGAGAAGAAAGAAUACAACACCAUCAGAUUAA